AUGUUGAUGAUCUGUGGCAUCAUCAUCACUGUCAUCAUGGAAGCGUCCGGUCAUAGCUGGGUGAUCAAUCUGGUCGGUGACAUCAAGGCUGGCCUGCCAAGGAUAGGUAUGACUACACAUCAGCAUCCCGACCAGUAUUAUGCGCGACCGAUGUGUCCCUUGUCAACCCUGGAUCAGUGCAUGGGGUUGCCACCACCAUAUAAGCCUCUCGAUGAGAGCUCUCUCCGCCCAUGCAGACGCGCUGGCUCUUCCGGUGCAACCAAUAUGCAGCAACGUGCUGAGGUUACCCGUGGGUCGAAACUACACGUCUCCUGGAUGGGCAACGGACACACUAACUCUGUCUCUGAUGGUACCUGCAUUGUAUUCAAGAUGGCUCCAUACAACGAAGACCCUUCAUGGGAGGAUUUCUCCGUGUUGGAGGAGUGUCUACCAUUUUAUCAGAAGAACGUUUCUAAAGACUCGACCUCCGCUGAUAUCACCAUUCCGGCUGAUACCGCGCCCGGGCUCUACACCGUUCUCUAUAUGUGGUCCAAAUUUGACGGUGUUUAUUAUGCUACUUGUUCGGAUAUAGUCGUACAUUAG